AUGCCGACCUCAUCGAAGUGUUUAUGCGUCUUUCGUCCGACCUUGUCGUCCUCGGGGCACGACCCGGCAACACUGCCUCGUCCCAUCGGCCUGGCAACACUGUCAGACUCCAUUAGUCGUCGGCGUCGGUCGCCGGCUGCUCGUCCCGUCGCGAAAGCCGCUCAAUUAUUUCUGGCAUUCGCUUCCCGUGAGAGCGGAGGGAGCAGAAAAGUGGAUGCGAAGAGCAAGAGAGCCGACAUGAAUCAUUCCCCAAAGAGAGGCGUGCGGGAGGAGGACGUGCGGCAGUUCCUCAAAGAAAAUCCGAUCUGGUUGAGCGCGUACGUCUCGGAGAACGUGGACACUGAAGUCUUGGAGGAAUGGCUUGCAGCCAGGAAGGGGUUCUCGUCCGUAUCCGCUGCAGGCAAGGCAGACGGGAGAGUCGACACUUGGGAUGAAGAGGACCCGCUGCAUAAUUGUCCCAUUACCGUCGCAAAAACGAAGAGAUGGAACGAAACCCUCGGCUGGCCGCAGGUGGAGGGGAAGGGAGUGGUGAGAGACCUGCUGGAAUUCCUCGGGAGAGGAUGGGAGGGGGAUGCCCUUUCCCUUCAGGGGUUCUGCUCCUCCCUCGCCUCCGCCGUCCGCGCUUCCGGGUACAACCUCCACUUCGUCCAGCAGGGGCGGCUGGUGCUCAGCACCUCCUCCAGGAUGGAGAAGGUGGACGGCGAGGAAGAGCUUCUGCUGAUGGAUAGCGACAGCGAAAUGAUCAGAGAAGGAAGGACGGUGGCGUCCUACGUCGCCUUCAACCGCAAGUCCGUCUGCCUCGCCGGGGAGGAGUUGAGGCGGGACCCCAGGAUGCCCCUGGGCGUGUCGGGGAUCGGGAGCGACGUCCACGUCCUGGCGUAUCCCCUCUUCAAGGUAGGAGACCUCCACUUCCCCCGUCAACAGAGCCUCCACUCACUCCCUCCCUCUCCCCGUCAACAGAGCCUCCCUCCACUCCCUCCUUCCCCCCGUCAACAGAGCCUCCCUCCACUCCCUCCUUCCCCCCGUCAACAGAGCCUCCCUCCACUCCCUCCUUCCCCCCGUCAACAGAGCCUCCCUCCCCAGGGCGUAUUCCUUUCCGUUUCGCGUUUGCCAUCCGUCCCCGAUCCUUCGUUCGCAGUUGGCGGUGAAUUCGACCAGGAAUGGGGUUCCGUCUUCCGUUUCCUGGCUUGCUGCAUUCGGGAGCGAGAAGCCCGCCGAGAAAUUGCCGCGCAGAUUCCCAGUGCGAUACCUUCAUUCCACAAGGACGAGGGCGAGUUGAUCGGGGUGCUGGAACUGUGGAGGGAGGAAGGAGGGACGACGCCGUUCAGCAGGCAGGAUGCGGGGCUGGGGGAGGUCCUCCUCGCCUGGGGCUCCGUGGCCAUCCACUACGCCGGCACGGGGACCAGCCUCCAUCGGCAGCGGCAGCUCACCGACUUCCUUCUUGACGUCGUCAGGUCGAUGUUCCACGACAUGGCCAGCAUGGACAAGCUGAUCGUGAAAAUCAUGGACUUCGCUCAGAAGCUGGUCUCGGCCGACCGCGCUUCCCUCUUCCUCGUCGACCACAAGACCAAGGAACUGUAUUCCCGGAUCUUCGACAUGACCUUGCCCGACCCCUCGUCGCCGACCCAAACCGUGUCGACGAGUCCCAGGGAAUUCCGGAUCCCGCUCGGCGUCGGCAUAGCCGGCCGGGUGGCCGAGACGGCGGAGAGCAUGAACAUCCCCGACGCCUACGCAGACCCGCGAUUCCAUCGAGCCAUCGAUCAGGAGACGGGCUACACGACCCAGUCGCUGCUGGCCAUGCCCAUCUGCCUCCGCGGCCAGGUCAUCGGGGUCAUGCAGAUGGUCAACAAGAAAGCCGGACCUCCACACUUCUUCCCCCCGGAAGACGAGGAGGCGUUUGCGCUGUUCGCCGUCUACUGCGGCUUGGCGUUGCACCAGGCCAAGCUCUACGAGAAGCUUCAGCGGUCGGAGCAAAAGUACAAAGUCGCCUUGGAGGUCCUCUCCUAUCACAAUUCCUGCACGGAGGAGGAGCUCCACAGGCUCUUCGCCGGCUCCAACCCGUUGACUGUCGUCCCCGGUCUCGAUAAGUCGGUCCCUUGCCGGAUCCUGUGGAAAUUCCGCGAUGCCGAUCCGAAUUCCGUGGCGUCUGAUCCCGUCCGUCUUUUCAGCUACUUUUUCACGGCCGGUGGGAAGGAAGACCCGGAGAAGGCGAAAAUGGCCGUCGGCAUGUUCUUCGAUCUCUUCGGUUCUUCCCGUUUCGACGUGGAAUCCGUGAUCCGGUUCACAUUGACCGUGAAGAGGAAUUACCGAAGAGUUCCGUACCACAAUUGGACGCACGGAUUCCACGUGGCUCACUGCAUGUAUUGCAUCCUCAGAUCUGCUCCCACCAUCUUCAAACCUCUUGAG